AAUGCAAAAGUUAUAUCAACCACACAUUAGUAUUUUCUCAGUUAAACCUCUAUCAUCUUCUCUAGGGUUUAAGCUCAGACAUUUCAGUUUUUCGCCUAAAUCCUCACCGCCAUGGCACAGUAUGCCAUACUCCUCCGCUCUCUACGCCGUUCCUCCGCCACUGUCGCCGCCGUCAGAACUCAAAUCACAACAUCCGUUCACAAUCCUCAAAACCCUAAUUUCCUUCUACCUCAUCGAUCAUUUGCUUUUUCAUCUGCGGAAGAAGCCGCUGCUGAACGGAGGCGUCGGAAGAGGCGACUUCGUAUUGAACCACCAAUCAAUGCCCUACGCCGUGAUCCACUACCCAGGGGACCGCCUUCUCCGGAUGAUCCUCGAUCCCGUCUUCCUGAUACCACCUCAGCGUUGGUGGGCCCUCGGCUUAACCUGCACAAUCGCGUUCAAUCUCUUGUACGUGCUGGUGAUUUGGACGCUGCAGCUGCUGUUGCUCGUCACGCCGUUUUCUCAAACACACGGCCGACUGUAUUCACAUGUAAUGCUAUCAUCGGUGCUAUGUAUCGGUCCGGACGGUAUAAUGAUGCUAAGGCACUGUUUCAGUACUUUUUCAAUCAGUAUAAUAUUAUUCCGAACGUUGUUUCAUACAAUCAUGUAAUUGUGUCACAUUGUGAAGCUGGUGAGGUUGACGAAGGCUUGAAAGUAUACAGUCAUAUUAUUGAAAAUGCGCCUUUUAGUCCGUCUGCUGUGACAUAUCGCCAUCUUACCAAGGGAUUAAUUGAUUCUGACCGUAUAGCUGAAGCUGUGGAUUUGCUUAGGGAAAUGCUUAAUAAAGGACAUGGUGCGGAUUCCUUAGUUUAUAAUAAUUUGAUAUUGGGGUUCUUGAAUUUGGGUAAUUUAGAGAAAGCAAAUGAACUGUUUGAUGAGUUGAAAGAAAGGUGCACUGUUUAUGAUGGGGUGGUGAAUGCUACUUUUAUGGACUGGUUUUUUAAGCAGGGGAAGGUAAAAGAGGCUAUGGAAUCAUAUCGAUCACUUCUUGAUAAGAAGUAUAGGAUGGUUCCUGCAACUUGUAAUGUGUUGUUGGAGGUGUUGUUGAGGCAUGGGAGGGAAACUGAGGCAUGGGCAUUGUUUGAUGCAAUGUUGGAUGAUCACACGCCACCAACAUUCCAGGCUGUGAAUUCCGACACAUUUAAUUUAAUGGUGAAUGAGUGUUUUAGGCUAGGAAAGGUUUCAGAGGCAUUGGAGACCUUCAAGAAGGUGGGGAAGGGCCUCAAGACCAGACCUUUUGCAAUGGAUGUUGCAGGUUACAAUAAUAUGAUAACAAAACUUUCCGAGCUUGAAAUGAUGGAGGAAGCAGAAAAAUAUUAUAUGGAGUUGUGUAACAAGUCAUUGAGCCCAGAUGUCACAACUUAUAGGACAAUGAUUGAGGCAUAUGUGAAGAUGGAUAAUGUCGAAGGCACACUGGAGAAGUACACAAAGAUGGUGGAGGCAGGGCUGAGAGUCAUUCCAGUCUAUGCUGAGAAGUGGUUUAAUUUCUUGAUUGAGAAAGGCAAGGUUGCAGAGUGCGUGCCUAUUCUCACCAAGAUGGGUGAGAGAGAACCAAAACCUGACGUGACAACUUAUGAUAUUGUGAUUAGGGCACUCUGUGGGGAAGGUAAUUAUGAUGCUAGUUCCAAUUUAGUUAUUCAAACAAUAAACUAUGGUGUUGGUCUCACCAGUUCCCUCAGAGAGUUCCUGUUAGAAAGUUUUGGUAACCAAGGUCGUCGUGAGGAGAUUGAAAGAGUUUUUGCUACUAAACCUACAUACUCUCCACCUUCUACACCACCUCGAGGACAAGUUCCAUGGCUUUCACAAUUGCCUAGACAAUUACCAGGAACUUCUCAUGCUGCAGGACAACAGACAUCACCUGCUUCUUUAUCAUCACAAGUGCAAGGUCGGCCUUCAGCUCUUAAUUCAACGUGGCCUCCCUCAUUCAUUGGAGGACAGCAACAAGCUUCAUCACCUUCUUUCAUUGGAGGACAAGGAUCAUCACAAAUGCAAGGCCAGCAGUCGGCACCUAACCCAAGGUGGCAACAAGCUUCACCACCAUCUUUUGUAGCUGGACAAGGAUCACAUCAACUGCAAGGCCAGCAGGCAGAUCCUAAUUCAAGGUGGCAACAAGCUUCACCACCCACUUUUGUUGCUGGACAAGGAUCACAUCAAAUUCAAGGCCAGCAGUCAGCACCUAAUCCGAGGUGGCAACAAGCUUCACCACCCUCUUUUACUGCUGGGCAAGGAUCACAGCAAAUGCAAGGCCAGCAGUCAGAACCUAAUCCAAGGUGGCAACAAGCUUCACCACCCUCUUUUGUUGCUGGACAAGGAUCACAUCAAAUGCACGGCCAGCAGUCAGCACCUAAUCCAAGGUGGCAACAAGCUUCACCACCCUCUUUUAUUGCCGGACAAGUACCGCAGCAAAUGCAAGAUCAGCCAUCAACAUUUGCAAGAAAUUCGCAUCAGGCAUCACCUUCUUUUAUUCAACACGGAGCUUCACCACCGUCUUUCAUGGCUGGACAAGGAUCACAGCAGAUGCAAGGUCAGCCAUCAGCUUUUGCAAGAAACGUGCAACAAGCAUCACCACCUUCUUUCGUGCCCCAACAAGACGCUUCAGCACACUCUUUCAUGGCUGGACAGGGAUCACAGCAAAUGCAAGGUCAGCCAUCAGGUUUCAGACACGGUUCACAAUGGUCAUCAGCACCCUCUUAUAUGGCAGGACAAGGAGGACAGCAUCAAAAUCAAGGUCAGCCAUCAGGUUUCACACAAACUCCUUAUAAGGCAUCACCUUAUUCCAUGGAUGGACAAAGAAUCCAUUCAAUGCAAGGUCUGACAUCAGGACCUGUUCAUACUCCACUAAAUGAAACCUCACACACAUCCCAAUCAGUUAGAGGUCCAGCAUCAACUUUUGCACAAGUACCUGGGCAUCAAGCAACAGAAGAGGCCUCAUCCCAAGGGGACAAUAUUGAGCAAUACCAAUACCCCCAAGUGGCACGCCAAGGGAGAAUGUAAAUUGGGAAGCAUAGUUUCUCUGAGGGAGCUGCUUCUGAUACAGUUAUCUAAAUAGGACUGCAGGAAUAGAAACAUCUUGAUGUCAGAUGUCACGUGCUCUCAUGGGCUGAUUUGGCUAUGGUCAUGGAUUAGCAUGCACCUAUAGAAAUCAUUGACAAAUUUUGUAGAGACAAUUGAUGGUUUUAGGUGAUACUUGCGAUUUGAGUUGCUCACAAGUGAUCGAAUAGUUGUGCUUGGUGAAACAAAUUAAAUUGUACUAUUGGUGAGAAGAUAUAUUUAUUACUCUGCAUCUUGUACACUUAAAUUUUUCCCUUCAUAUUAAUAAAAUGUAUUUGCCUCGUCGAAAAAAAUA